GCGUUUUGGAAGGAGAUUUUCACCCCGUCUCAGCUGGUUUUUGCCUGUUAAUCCAGGUGCCCUUGUUUUGUGCUCGAAGGAGGAUUAUUUAGUUUGAACUGGUGUUAAGGAAAAGACACAAAAGGCGAUUUUCAUGUUCUCCAUCCAAGACAGUCUCCCGCGGGGAGCUUUGACCAUGAAAGAAGAACCCCUUACCAGCGGCAUGACACCGGUCCGCUCGUGGAUGCAGAGUGCGGGGAUUCUGGACGCGAACACCGCAGCUCAAAGUGGAGUGGGCUUGGCCCGGGCCCACUACGAGAAGCAGCCGCCCUCGAACCUUCGCAAAUCCAACUUCUUCCACUUCGUCCUGGCGCUGUACGACCGGCAGGGCCAGCCUGUGGAGAUUGAGAGGACCUCCUACGUGGACUUCGUGGAGAAGGACAAAGAGUAUAAUGGGGAGAAGACUAACAACGGGAUUCACUAUCGGCUGCAGCUGCUCUACAGCAACGGCAUCAGGACAGAACAGGAUCUGUACGUUCGGCUCAUCGACUCCAUGACCAAGCAGGCAAUCAUAUACGAGGGCCAAGACAAAAACCCAGAGAUGUGCCGUGUUUUGCUCACCCACGAGAUCAUGUGCAGUCGGUGCUGUGACAAGAAAAGCUGUGGGAACCGGAACGAGACCCCGUCUGACCCUGUCAUCAUCGACAGAUUCUUCCUGAAAUUCUUCCUCAAGUGUAAUCAGAAUUGUUUGAAAAAUGCUGGGAAUCCAAGGGAUAUGCGAAGGUUUCAGGUGGUGGUGUCCACAACGCUCAACGUGGAUGGUCACGUCCUUGCGGUUUCCGACAACAUGUUUGUCCACAACAACUCCAAACAUGGCAGGAGGGCCCGGCGCCUCGACCCCUCUGAAGCAGCCACGCCCUGCAUCAAAGCCAUCAGCCCCAGUGAGGGCUGGACGACCGGGGGCGCCACCGUCAUCAUCAUCGGCGACAAUUUCUUUGACGGGCUGCAGGUGGUCUUCGGCACCAUGCUGGUGUGGAGCGAGCUCAUCACACCUCACGCCAUCCGAGUCCAGACUCCCCCGCGACACAUCCCCGGCGUGGUGGAGGUGACGCUCUCCUACAAGUCCAAGCAGUUCUGUAAAGGAGCACCAGGGCGCUUCAUCUACACAGCCCUGAAUGAGCCAACCAUCGACUACGGCUUCCAGAGACUACAGAAGGUCAUCCCCAGGCAUCCAGGGGACCCUGAAAGACUACCCAAGGAGGUUCUGCUGAAGAGGGCGGCAGAUUUGGUGGAAGCUCUGUACGGGAUGCCCCACAACAACCAGGAAAUCAUACUGAAGCGGGCGGCUGACCUGACGGAGGCCCUCUACAGCGCCCCCCGCAGUCACAACCAGCUGCCCUCCCUCACGGGCUCCGCCCACUCCAUGAUGGGGGUCAACUCCUUCGGCAGCCAGCUGGCCGUCAACAUCUCCGAGGCCUCGCAAGGUGCUGACCAGGGCUACUCCCGUAACUCCAACAGCGUGUCUCCCCGUGGCUACGCCCCCAGCUCCACGCCCCAGCAGUCCAACUACAACACCAUCACCUCCACCAUGAACGGCUACGGAGCGGGCAUGACCAAUCUCGGGGUGCCUGGGUCACCCAGCUUCCUCAACGGCUCCGCCGCCAACUCCCCCUACGCAAUCAAACAGAAGAGCGCCUUCGCCCCCGUCGUGCGGCCACAGACCUCCCCGCCCCCUACCUGCACCAGCACCAAUGGGAGCAGCCUACAGGCCAUGGCUGGUCUCAUAGUCCCCCCUAUGUGAAUGAUGGCUCCUUCCCUGCCCCCCUCCACAUUCUUCCAGAAGAUGGACUUCGCCUUCACUGGCCCAGAAGUCCCCAGACCGUAACUUCUCAGAGGUCCUCGCUCCCGUGGAGGAACCACGGUGUCUCUGUGCUCCUGGAAUGCAGUAGGGUGAUCCCCACACCCCCACCCCAAACACACAUGUACAUGCUCUGGCAGUGACCUUCCCUGUUUCCAUGUUGGUGUUGUCUGCACACACACUCCUGCCCUUUUUUCUCACAGCAAAGAUAACUGUGACUGCCCAGGUCUCCACAAAAAUGCCAUUCAACAUUCAAAAUAUUUACAUGCACUGCCCCAAGGUGGAAUCAUGGGAAAUUAACCAAGAGGUGUGAUAUUAUUGGGGGAACCUAUAAAUAAUAUAUCCCUCUUGCUCAAAAGGAGUAGGAUUGCCUCUGGUUGAUAAAUGAAUAACUUUUUACAAGCUUUUUAUACCAGCUAUUCAGUGUUUCCAUUUUGUGAUGCUGUCUGACUUGUCUUUUUCCUUCUUUAAACAAAGAAAGUCUACAGAUUUAAAAUUCACAGACUUGGGCAAGGCAUUAGAAACUGCAGCACUGCAAAUGAAAAGUUUGAGAUUCUCCUGGGUUUUGUGCAGAUGACGCCCAUAAAAUCAGUAAUAUGUAUUGCCCCAACCCAAUGAAAUCCGAGCAGUUGCCUCUAUGAUUGGUCACUUAAUAAUAACUAAGCCAUUAAUGUAAAAUGGGUGCCUGACCAGCCCCAGAGAAUGGAUGGAUGUCCGAUACCAUUCCUCCUGCCAGUUUCUACCGAUUCUGUCACAGUUCAAUCCAUCGUCGAUUAAGUGUAUGGAGAACACACUGAUCCUAAUCCCCGCAUGACAGACUGGCUGAAUUUGCUGUCAGGCUCAGGAUGAGGAAUGUUCACCAUAGUAACAUGAUACAUGAAAUCACAGAUCAGGUCAGAUACACAUAAAUCUACAAACAACUCCGUCAGUGAGUCCAAAUGAGUGAAAUCUGAGCUUGGCCUAAUCUCUGAGGAACUUUGGGAACUGAGGUAACCUCAUACGAAAAAGUAAUGUUAAUAUAUAUGUUGAAAUAUUAUAAGAAAUAUAUAAAAAUAAGGAAUACAUAUUUAAUAAAUGUCAGAAUCCACGUAAUAUAUUGAAAAUAUAUAAAUUGUUGACACUUUGAUGUCACAUCAUUGCAUGCAUAUGCUGUAGCAUGCAAUGUAAAAUUACAAAAGACAAUAUUUGCAUAAAUCACAUAUAUUAGAAGUGGCAGUGAAUUAUAUAUUUUCUGUAUAUGGCGUGUUGACAUAUAUGUAAAUGUACUUUUUACUUUUAUUUUUCUAGUUUAACAUAUUAAAGCAUACUUUUUCAUAGGAGCAUAGCAGAUAGGAGACAAAGUCACAUGCCAACACAGAAGUGUGCCAACAUUUCUUCAUGGACUUCAGUUCCAAUUCUUCAAAACAAUAAUGAUAAUAACAAUGUUUGCCUUUGUCUGUGUUGGGCCAAUAGAUUAGGGAGAUGAAACAUGUUCAGAUUAGCUUUCCCAUAUUUGGCCAUCUGUAGGAUAAACACAAGGAACGUUUGCUGCAGUUUUAACCACAUUUAGGUACCAGAUUUAAUAUCCAUCAUCUUAUUGUGCUUUUUGUAUUUUGUAUGUUUUGAUUUAUUUUGUUUGUUUUUGGUGAUAUAGGCUUGGGUAAUAGUGAGGAAAAAAUAUAUAAACACAUUUGAUGUCUUCAUACUUUUUAGAUACUGUACAAAAACAAAAAAGACCUAUGAGAAAAAACACUUUUGUAACAGUUAAAAGAUAGAAUUGGUAAAACCACCCUGUUUUUCAAAGCAGGAAGCAGUUCCUCCACUUUUGUAUAAAAUGCAUUCCUAUAUCUUUUUUGUAUACAAUUUCCCCCUUCCCUUUCCUUUGUCCUCUGUGUAUAAUUGUGAAGGGUGUAUAAUCAUAGUUAUUUACUAAUGCACUAUAUUAGUUGGAACACCUAUGAGAGCGUUGCAUCUUAGCAAGCAAAAAAAAAAAAUAAAUCAAAAAAUUUAAAAAUCAUGUACAGUUACAAUAUAAACAAAUAUUUCCAUCUUUCGUUUGAAAGUACUUUACCUUUCAUGUGUAAAUUUUCCAGAGAACAUUUCUAAAAUUAACAAUAUUGAUCAUUCCUCUUUCUCAUUUGAAGUUAUUUGAAAUGCACCCUUGUCCUUGCCCUGUGCUGAUUGGUGAACGAUGUUGUAUUUUAAUCACAAGUCAUGCCGGUAUCUCUGCCUCUUGACCAAUGAUGAGCAGUGUAAUGCACCUGCUUAUAGUAAACAUAGUUCCAGUACUGUAUGUUUUGUUCAUGCCCAGUGCUUCUAAGAUGGAGACUCAUGGGAAAUGUAGUGUCCGCUCUAACCAGCAGAAAUUUCCAUCAAUUGUAUUGUUCUUGUUUCCAUCGUCAGUGUACAUAAAUGUAUCAUUUAGUUAUGCAAUUUGUAUCACUGUAAUGCAAUUGAGGUUCACGCCACACACUUUGCGGAGUACUUGUAAAAUAAAAACAAAAUGUAUAUAAAUUGAUGCCUUACAGCUCACCAUAUAUACAUGCUGCAUUUUCAUGAUUCAUACUCAUUCUUAAAAAUGCCAUUAGAAACAAUGAAAACAGGUUGAAGUUUGAGGAACAAAAGGAAAUGAUGCUUUUAAAAAAAUAAUAAUAAUGUCAUCCAUGCUGCUGUGGAGAGUCAUUUUGGAUUCCAUUGUUAGGUACAAAUAUGAAAUCCAGUCUAUGUGCACAGUGCAGAUUUACAAAUGGAUGACAAACAUACCCAGGGACCAAAUCUACUGGGAUGUGACAAUGGCUGAGCCUGGAACAGGGACGAUCAGAGAGAGAGAGAGGGCGCAAGAGAGAGUGUGUGUGUGUUGUGCAUGAGUGUAUAUGGGCUUGAACGUGUACACAAUUUUUGGUGUGAGUGCAUACACAUGUGGAUUAGUAAUACAUUAAGACAUACAGAAUACAUUGUCUUGGUGUGCAUUACAAUCAAAUGCAUGAAAUGAUGCACUUCAUAUGUACACUGCUUGUGUAUAUGUAAAUGGAAGGUAGUAUAUACAUAGGCUGUACAGAAAACAAUAGCUCAUCCAUUUAUGAAUAUGUCAGGGAAUAAGAAGAAAUGGAAUGGAAAUGAUUCCACAGCAGCAUGAUAUACAUGAUAUGUCAUUGAAAUCAGUCAGUAGUUUGGUCAUAACAAUUGUAAGAGUUCUUCACUAUUGACCUAGUCCAUAGAAUCAGUUGCUAUGGAAUGGUUGCCCUAGAAUCUAGACUGAGAACAUUUAUAGUACAAAAAAGCUGUAAGAAACCUGAAGGGAGUCAGGCUAUAUAUUUCAUUUCAGCAUUCAGUCAGCAGUCAAAUCUUCAAUUAAUUGGUAUGUGUACAUCGUGUUACAAAUUGCGGGAACCGAAAUUCAACUGUAAUCUGUGUAUUCAUUUAGAAUCCACCACCUCCACCUUUUUGAUUUACGGAUAAAUUGUCUUUGACUUUUAAAAAUAAAGAAAAAUCAACCAAGUAAACACAAUUAUGAAAAGAAAUGCAAAGGAGAUAUACUGCUGGCUUAUAAAUGACACCAGGGGCUUGAGAAUCGCAAAAUGUCUGAAUAUCAUCAUUGUGUACAGUAAAUGCCUUAUACUGUGCUGGCUAAUGGUAAAUAAGAAGUUGGGGAAUUGCUUUGUUUAUGCAAUGGAAUCUCCAUUAAUUUUUAGAGUACUCUUCAUUCUCACAUAGAUUUUACUUACCACAGAAAAGCUAUGUUCAAUGUUGUUUUUAAAAUCCAUUUACAAUAAUGUUCUCUCUGCAGAAUUAAAUUCAGUUCUUCCGGUCAUUCCCACCCAUUGACUACAUUCCAGCUGUUUAUUGUGGUUUCAAAUUUGUUGGAUGGUUUUUCUGUUUCAUAAUUGUAGAUUGGCAACGUAGCCAUUGCUUUUGGAGGAUUUGCAGCUGCAGAAUGUAUUUUUCCCAAAUGUUUUUUGAAAUGUUACUGAAAUGUAAACAUGCUUGGAUGGGAGGACUGCAUAUUUAUAAAGUAUAGAAUAUUGUAUCAUUGAAGUAUAUCAAAGCACAAUGUUUAAUUAACUUCUUUAACAAAUGUGAAGGAAGGGGGGUGAUGUCUGUUGCUUUUUCUUUUUCUGACUAUGACCAUGCUGUAAAUAGAUGCAUGCUUCUCUGUGACCCAGUGCUUUUUUGUACAGAUGCAGACUAAUAAAGAUGACAU